CUAGAACAUACAUGCGAGAGGAACUUUUACCUUUACCUUAUACAUUGGCCUGAAUUCCUCCUGUUAUUCUUAAAUGCAUUUUCAGGCUCUGCCAAAGGAAUAAUUCCCCUGUGCUGGAAUGCAAUGCCAUUCCCUCAUCUUUAGGUGACAGCAUCUGCCUGUAAAUGCUUCCGUUGUAACUUUGAACAGUCUCUCAAUCGAAUGGUUGUAAGUCGAGGACUAUCUGUGGAUGGAAUUCAGAUUUAAUUUUCCCAAUUAAUUGCAAAGCGUGCGAUUCCUAAUUGGCAGAGGUGCCCAGUUUUGCAUAUAGAACAUUGCGCAUUAUGGUCUACCAAAGGAGAGAAAGGGCUUAGCUCAGCCAUCUGCAGCAGAGGUGCUUCAGUUUCUUAACUGCAACCCCUGCCAACAGAAAAGGAAAAUAAAUGCAAACCUACUGAAGGAUAUUGCGACAUAAAGCCCAAAUCAUGCUCCAUUUCCCUUCCAGGUGGAUGUGCUGGUAGUAUCUUUCUUCAGCACCGAAGAGCAUGGUCUUCUGCUCCAAGACAGUUUUCUAUUGCCAACAACUUACCAGUCUCUUCUGGGAAUGGAAGUGCCACACUAUUACUUCGCCAAAAAGCCGGAAGCUGAGAAAAAGGACGAGAUAGAACCUGGCGGGGUCCCGCUGCAUCAGAUGGUGGCGAGAAGACCGAUGAGAGAUUUCAUCGGGCUGGAAGAAUGUGACAAGAUGACCUGCGAAGCAAUGCUUAACUUCAGUUUCUACCUAACCAUUGGAGACAUGGAUGAGGCCUUCAAGUCUAUCAAACUCAUCAAAAGCGAAGCCGUCUGGGAGAACAUGGCCUGCAUGUGCGUGAAGACCCAAAGGCUGGAUGUCGCCAAAGUCUGCCUGGGGAACAUGGGCCAUGCCCGGGGAGCCAAGGCAUUGCGGGAGGCUGAACGAGAACCAGAGCUGGAAGCCAGGGUGGCCAUGUUAGCCGUCCAGUUGGGCAUGCUGGAAGACGCUGAGCAGUUAUACAAGCAGUGCCAACGGUACGACCUCCUGAACAAGUUCUACCAGGCUUCGGACCAAUGGCAAAAAGCCAUUGAGAUAGCCGAGACCCAGGACCGAGUGCACCUGCGCACGACGUACUACAAUUACGCCAAGCACCUGGAAGCCAUAGCUGAGCGCAACUUUGCCAUCACCUAG